AUGCCCCCAGAUGGCUCAUCCUUCACGACCCUAAACCUCCCGCCGACAUUCACCCUGCCCCAAUGCAUGGAAUACUUCGAACUCACAGCGGGCCCAAACACGGAUCUAUGGCGCAAGCCACCUAACGGCGACACCUCCACCGCCCCAAUCGUCUUCACAUCCCUCCGCCACCCCUUCGUUGUAGCCGAAGUGACCGUCAGCGCAGACUGGGAAAUGGAAUGGGACCAGGGCGGCCUGGUGAUUUUCGCCGGCGCGGCACCACAAUCCUUCUCCUCGGAUACACCGGGCACAGGGACCGGUGGACACGGGCUCCCCUCUACACGCCGAUCCUCCACCCGGCCACCCUGUAAAUGGGUGAAAGCCGGGAUGGAAUUCUCGUCGGGGACGGUAAACGCCUCGUCCGUGAGUGCCACGGCCGACGGGGCGGAUUGGUGUUUGUCACCGUUGCCGCAGAGCGUGUCUGGUCCGGCGAUUCAAUCGCUAAGGAUUAAGCUUGAGCGCGUCGGUCAUGCUCUGUGGAUUUGGUAUCAGGUUCCGUCUGCGGCACCUUAUGCGUUGAGUCCCGGGGCGGUGGGGAGUACGUGGAAGAAGUUGAGGGAGGUGACGUGGUUUUUUUACGGGGUUGAGGAUAAGUUUGUUCAUGUGGGUGUUUAUGCGAGUCGGCCGACGAAUAUUGCGCGGGGUCAGACGAUGUGGGAUGCUAUGCAUGGAUUGACGUUGGAAAAUACUUCGGCGGCUGGGACGUCGGAUGGGUUGGUUGUUGAGUUUGAGGAUCUGGAAAUCUUCUAA